UGCAAGACUCGUGUGUCUUAUCCUCUAAUCACGUCCGGAACACCAAGGCCAACUGUCUGUCGUGCAAUUUGGACACUUAUUAUACUGCAAUAUCCACAACAGCCAAAACUUAGACAGUAGUGUUGUCAUAGUCAGUUUCAAUAACGUUCCCAAGGUGAUUUUAUUGGACAGAAAGUGACGUGUUUGUUGUUUUCUUGGCAAACCUAAAGAUGAUUUACCAUAAAUGUCUUUGUAUUGUGAUAUUUACUUUGAUAUCCACGAUUUCAUCGCAUGGCACCGAAUCAUCUGAUGACGUCAUCCAAAGGCUGAUGCACCUGGAGAACGUGGUGGGAGGCUUGGUACGCGACCGUGAUGACAGUGAUCGCCGUCUUCAGGAAGUCGAGGCAUCGGCAAGACAACACAAGUCUCACCUUGAAAAUGAAAUGGCCAACGUCCAAUCGGAAUUAUCUACGUUACAACAGAAGUACCAGGACUUAGCUCGUCAGCUGGAGACCUCAUCCUCUAAAUCAGUGAGAUCGACUUCUGAAGCCAAGUUUGCCUUUUCCGCAAGCCUCAGUAACCGUAUGUCGAAGUUCAAUCGUGACGAGAAAAUUAUCAUGGACAACGUCCUCACAAACGACGGAAACGGCUACGAUCCCCUGACCGGUGUCUUCACGUGUCACGUGCCGGGUACUUACGUCUUCCACGUCACCAUACAGGUAGAGGAUGGACACAGCUUCGGUGCGGAAAUCGUCAAAAACGGACAGGAAAUAGCGUGGGUUUUGGCGGAACCUAUGCGCUCCCGAGCGUCGGCGUCAACUUCGGUUAUCGUGAACCUGGCGAUUGGGGAUACUGUGUUUGUCAGAUCUGAUGGUUACUUCGAUCAACAGAGCGCUUCAAUAGACGACCAGUUCACCAGUUUCUCCGGAUUCCUCAUUGAAGUUGGUGAAUGGAUCAGCUUUGGCAGCGGUUAAUGUUGAAAUCAAGGAAUUCCGAAUGACUGGUCGAUUUGCUGCAUCAGCCGUUUUCUUUUUGAACCAUAUUUUUUUUCUUUGGAUUUAGUUAUAUCUGUUCUGUUAAUAAACAUAACUCA